AUGUCGGCUCCUCCCAACGACGGGUACGGGCAGUUCCCGGGUCAUCAACAGCAGCCGUUCGAGCAGCCUGCCCCAGCCGGCACCCCUCAGCCCGACGCCGCGCCGGGCAAGAAGAAGAAGAGAGGCUAUGCCGCCCAGGCCUUCGACCCGGCUCAGCCCUACGGCUCCUAUCCUCAACCCGACCCCCAACAGCCAACAUCCCCCGGAUUCCAGUAUUCCCAGGGCUACGGCGCUCCGCAGCCUGCCGCCCAGCAGCAACCCGGGCCAUACGGCUCCUACCCGGGUCCCGAGCAAGGCUAUCCUCCACCUGGAGCCCCCCCCCAAUCCGGACCGGCUGGCGUCUCCGGCAUCACGCAGGGGGCGCAGGCGCCGCGAGCCGGGCCCCUCAAUCAUCUGUAUCCCACAGACCUCAUGAACCAGCCCUUUUCCGUCUCGGAGCUCGACUUGCCCCCGCCGCCCAUUGUGCUCCCCCCCAACACCAGCGUGACCCCCUCGCCAAGUGCCAAUUGCCCCUCGCGCUACAUUCGUUCGACCAUCAACGCCGUGCCGACCACCAACUCGCUGCUCAAGAAAUCCAAGCUGCCGUUCGCCCUCGUCAUCCAGCCAUACGGCGCUCUUCACGAUGACGAAGAUCAGAUACCCGUCGUCCAGGACCAGGUCAUUUCCCGCUGUCGCCGAUGCAGGACCUACAUCAACCCCUUUGUCACUUUCCUUGAUCACGGCCACCGCUGGAGGUGCAACAUGUGCAACCUCAGCAACGAUGUCCCCCAGUCCUUUGACUGGGACGCCGCGGCGCAGCAGGCGGCGGAGCGCUGGCAGCGCCACGAGCUCAACCAAGCAGUCGUCGAGUUCGUCGCCCCUCAGGAGUACAUGGUCCGCCCCCCGCAGCCCUUGGUCUACCUUAUCCUGUUCGACGUGAGCUACGCAGCAGUGUCGACGGGCUUGCUCGCCACAAGCGCCCGUACCAUCCUCGACAGUCUUAACAGGAUACCCAACGCGGAUAGGCGCACGCGACUUGGCUUCCUCGCCGUCGACGCCAGCCUGCACUUCUUUUCCAUUCCCAAGGACGAGGACGAGAGCGCCGAGACCAGCAUGCUCGUCGUCAGCGACCUUGACGAGCCCUUCCUCCCCGUGCCCCACGAUCUCCUGGUUCCCCUGACCGAAAGCCGCCAGAGCAUUGAAAAGUUCCUCCAGCGGCUCCCUGACAUGUUCCAGAAUAACCAGAACAAUGGCUCCUGCAUGGGCUCAGCCCUGCGCGCAGGGCACAAGCUCAUAUCGGCUCUCGGCGGCAAGAUUGUUGUCCUUACCGCAUCUCUUCCCAAUAUCGGGGCCGGCAAGCUGGACAUGCGCGAGGACAAGAAGCUCUUGGGCACGUCCAAAGAGGGCAGCCUUCUGCAGACCGGCAAUAGUUUCUACAAGAGCUUCGCCGUCGAAUGCUCCAAGAACCAGGUCUCCAUCGACAUGUUUCUCUUCUCGUCCCAGUACCAGGAUGUGGCGUCUCUCAGCAACUUGCCGAGGUACACGGGCGGUCAGACUUGGUUUUACCCCGGCUGGCACGCGUCUCGGCCCGAGGACGCCCUCAAGUUUGCCUCUGAGCUGAGCGACUACUUGUCGUCGGAGAUUGGGCUGGAGGCGGUCCUCCGCGUGCGCGCCACAACGGGCCUGCGCAUGAAUACAUUUUACGGCAACUUCUUCAACCGCAGCUCCGAUCUCUGCGCGUUCCCAGCGUUUCCGCGCGACCAAUGUUACGUGGUAGAGGUGGCCAUUGAUGAAAACAUUAAUAAGAACUUUGUGUGCCUUCAGGCCGCCGUGCUCCACACGACGUGCAACGGCGAGCGCCGCAUCAGAGUCCUCACCUUGGCCCUGCCAACGACGACGAACCUCUCCGACGUGUAUGCCUCGGCAGACCAGUGCGCCAUCACCGCCUAUUUCAGCCACAAGGCCGUGGAGAGAACGCUGAGCAGCGGCCUGGAAGCAGCCCGCGACGCCUUGCAGGCCAAGCUCACCGAGCUCCUUCAGACCUUCAAGAAGGAGCUCGCCGGUGGCAGCAUGGGUGGCGGCGGCCUUCAGUUCCCCGCCAACCUGCGUGGCCUGCCGGUGCUAUUUCUCGGACUCAUCAAAAACGUGGGGCUACGAAAGUCGACGCAAAUUCCGUCCGACAUCCGAUCUGCCGCCUUGUGUCUCCUGUCCACGCUGCCUGUGCCGCUCCUGAUGCGGUACAUCUACCCCCGGCUGUACUCCCUGCACGACAUGCCGGACAACGUGGGCAUGCCAGACGGGGAGACGGGACAGAUUAUACUGCCGCCGGCGGUCAACCUGACAUCGGAGCGGCUGGUACCGUAUGGCCUAUACCUCAUCGACGACGGGCAGACGCAGUUUCUCUGGAUCGGCCGCGACGCGGUGCCGCAGCUGAUUGCCGACGUGUUCGGCGUCGAAGACCGGACGCAGGUGCAUGUGGGCAAGGGGAGGGUUCCCGAACUGGAGGGGGACUUCAACGAGAGGGUGCGAGCAGUGAUACAGAAGAGCAGAGACCACCGAUCGCUCGGAGUGGGCAGCAUCACGGUCCCGCACUUGUACAUUGUGCGGGAAGACGGGGAGCCCAGCCUGAAGCUGUGGGCGCAGACGUUGCUCGUGGAAGACCGAGCGGACCAGGGCGUCAGUGCGGCGCAGUGGCUCGGUACCUUGAGAGAAAAGGUCAGUUGA